AUGACGACGCGAGCCUGGGCGUCGCCCGCGCAUCCUCGUGCGCACAUCUGCGCGCGCUCACAUCGCUUAUCCACGGCGCGCGCGCCGGCGAGGUCGCGACGUCGUGCGACGACCACCGCGGCCGCCGCGCCGGACAGCGCGGUGGCCGCCUGGUUCGCGAUGAGCUGGCCGGCGAUCGCCGAUCUGGCGGUGACGAAGGAGGAGCUCCUGGCGGUCCCGGUGCCCGUGAUCCUGGGCGUGGCGCUCGUCGUGGGAGUGGGCGUGAACGCGGCGAUCGUCGUCGGCGCCGGCGCCUUCGCCGCCAGCAAAGACGACGACGCCGAGCGCGCGACUUUGUCGUCACCCGCCACGUCGGAUCGAGAAACCAACAACCGCCCCGCCUUCGCCUCCGCCUCCGCCGCCUCCGCCUCCGACGAACCCGACGAACCCGACGACUUCGACCUGGAGUCCAUCCUGAGCCUCGUCGAGGACGCCGAGGCUGCGGACAUCGAGCGCAAGGUGUCGCAAUCGCCCGGCAGGGACGUGUACGAACCCGAAUCAUUCGCGCAGAUGGUGGCGCACGCCGCGGACGCCGUGCGAGCCGCCAUAAGCGACGGCCAGGACCUCCUCGAGGUGCAACUCCCGUCCACCGCCGCGACGGUGGACAGCGACGCGACGCAGGCGGUGAACCUUCGACUCGCGGCGGCGUUCGGGGACGAUUUCGUCCGGAGGGGUAACCCGCGGACGGGGCUCCCGUGGCGGACGCACGUGCUGGUACCGGACAGGACCGAGUACGAACGCGCCCGAGCGAUGUUCGAGUCUGAGGCGUUUACAAAGGAGGACUCGGGAACCGCCGCGAGCAGCGUCCGGGGCGGAGUGCGAGGUAGGGUCACCAUAGGGACCCUGGCGGAGGUGGACACGAGCUUGGCGGGCAGGCUCGAGCAGACGCUGGCGGGGACGCUGGGCGCCGAGGAGGAGAGCCUGCAGAACGCGAUGCAGGCGGACUUGCUCGUCGCGGUCAACUGCAGCAGCGUGGAGCUCCUGCAGAUCGAGGCGUACAAGGCCACUCUGCUCGAGGGCGACGGUGGGAGGAACGAAGGCCCGCGGGACGCGUACUACUCCGAGGAGGACGCCGUCGCGAGGACCUCCGCGCGCGUGCGACCGCUCGUGGUGUUCAACUGCGACCUCGACGACCUUCGCGGCGACCUCGGGUUGGUGGGGUUCCCGCCCAAGGCACUGCACGCGCGGUUCCUGUCGCGAAUCCUGCCCGCGUUUUACGUCAGACGAAGGGAAUAUAACAAGACGUUUCUGGGCGGGAAAGACGGCGGCGGGGGCGUGAGGCAGGUGUACUACGGCGGCGCGCUGUUCCGCGAGUACCCCGGCCCGUGGCAGGUCAUGUACAGGGAGGAGAAGGGAGUUACUGACGGGGUUGCCGACGGGGAGGUUGGGCGGGGCGGUCGAGGGGGCGCGAGGCUGGUGGCCGUGCGCAGCUCUCGCGAGCGGUUCCGACUGAGGGAGGUGAAGCAGGCGCUGAAGGAAGCGGCCGGGGUGGACGAGGAGAAGGGUAGCGUCGACGAGUUCCUCAGGGGCGAAGCCGGGGUGUGGGAGAAGCUGAAACCAGGGACGUGGUGGGAGCAAGACGACGCCAUCGCCUCGGCCGCGAGCCAGAACUGGCGCACGUGACGAACACUUUUUUGUGUCAAUUUUUUGGUUAAUGAUGAUACAACGCGAGACGAUUCGGCCG